GAAUGCCAAUUCUCUUCGAACCGAUAUGUUGCCUUUCUGGCAUUAUAUCGUCAUCGAUAGGUAGGGUAGAGUCAGCAUCCUUGCACCUGUGAUGGGAAUCUCAGUACAGGUGCGGAAAUCGUCCGACCGCCUCAUGCCCCUGGCUUUGGCCAAUGAACAUGCCUGUCAAUGAUGAGAGAUAACCGCAGCUUCGUAUCGGUUUGUUAUCACUUUGGAUCAACUCUUCAUACUUUCAGAAGUUUGGUUUUAUCGUGCUUGAAGAUCUGAACACUAGGCAGUCAUGGCUAAAGACUGGAAAACCGUCGCUGAGGAAAAGCGUGAGAGCAUACUCAAAGCCAUACCUGCUGAAUGGAAGCUUCAGUCUAUUCCGACUGUGGAGCAGGUGAAAGACGUGACGGGCGGUUACAUCGAGCAGUUUCUGUCGCCGAAGGAAGUGGAAAUCACAAACACUGAUGCCGUAGGGAUAGUUGGGAAAGCUAAAUCAGGCACCUGGAGCGCGGUCGAGAUCACGAAAGCGUUCUGCCAUCGAGCGGCGCUUGCGCAUCAGCUGACAAAUUGCCUCCAUGAGAUCUUCUUUGAUGCCGCAAUCAAGGACGCGGAAGCACUCGAUGCCAUGUACGCUCAGGGAAAGACAUUGGGUCCUCUUCACGGACUCUGUGUCAGUCUAAAGGAUCAAUUUCACGUUAAGGAUGUCGAAACCUCCAUGGGAUAUGUUGGGUGGAUAGGGACUUUCGAAGGAAGGCCCAACGAUUCAAGGUAUAAGACGUACGAGAGCGUCAUGGUCCAGGAGCUUCGGUCGCUAGGCGCGAUACUGUACGUGAAGACUGCUGUCCCGCACACAUUGAUGUGCGGUGAGACGGUUAACAACAUCAUCGGAUACACCAUGAAUCCUAAGAACCGCUUUCUUUCGGCCGGGGGCAGUUCAGGCGGAGAAGGUGCUCUGAUCGGUGCUCGUGGUAGCCCCGUUGGACUAGGUACGGAUAUUGGAGGCAGCAUCCGAAUUCCUGCCGGUUUUAAUGGGCUGUAUGGUUUGAGACCAUCGACUGGACGACUGCCAUACGAGGGAAUGGCGAACAGUAUGGAUGGUCAGAAUUCCGUUCUCUCCGUAGUCGGACCGCUUGGUACUUCUGUCGGCGGCUUAAAGCUCAUAGUAGAAUCUAUACUCUCCACAAAACCAUGGCUCCAGGAUCCGCUAGUACAUGAGAUACCGUGGCGUCCAGAGCAAUUGAAGCUGGAGGAAAAGUUAUGUUUCGGCGUUUUUUAUGAAGAUGGCAUUGUUGGCAUCACGCCACCCGUCAGAAGAGCCAUCGACACCACCGUGGCCGCUCUGAAGAAGGCAGGCCAUGAGGUUAUCGCCUGGACACCACCUUCUCACAAAGAUAUUAUCGACUGCAUAUUCAAAACCUGGUUCUACGACGGUGGGCUUGAUCUCAUCGAGGCAUUUAGGCUCAGUGGAGAACCCAUGGCGGAGCAGUUGGCGGCUGCAUUUUCCAGUGAGCCAAGGGAACAGUUCACCGGCAGCAUGAUUGCUGCAAAUAACGUUCGGCAUCGCCAGUUGAAGAAGAGUCACAUGGACUACUGGAAUUCUACGGUGAUGCAGACAAGCACCGGUCGUCCAGUUGAUGCAGUUAUCUCGCCUCUCGCCCCAUUUCCAGCGGCACGUCCAAAGAUGUAUGCUUACUACGGCUAUUCCCUCUGGGUAAAUCUGCUUGAUUAUACAAGUGUGGUUUUUCCUGUUUUGAACGUGGACAAAACCGUUGAUGUACGAGACGAAUCAUAUACCCCAAAAAAUGAAGAGGACAGGAUAUGCUUCGAAAGCUAUGACCCGGAGAUUUACGACGGCGCCCAUACGAGUUUGCAAGUUGUAGGUAGACGCUUGCAAGAAGAGAAGAUGUUGGCUGUGGCAGAGCUGGUGGCACAAGCACUCAAGGCUUAAGCCGCAGUCAAAUCCAUUGAGGAAUAGAUGACAUGAAGGACGCACGUGAACAAAAUAACGAAAACGAUGAACGGGGCCAAGUUCAAGAUGAGGGCAUGAUACAGUCGUCUGACCGAGAUUCAUAUGACCUAGACAUUGCGUGAUCGCAUCUUUGCACAACCCAAUGCGUUUCUGUUCAAGCGUGGGUUGGCCAGCUUUUCAGUCACUCUUUUAAAACAUCAUACUGCAUUAUCACGAAUCGAAUUAGUGCACCUCUCUUCAGAUGAAAAUGAUCGCCAUGACUGAAAGCGAACGGGGAAGAUGGCCGUAUGUAGUUACAUUUCUUUCGUUCCAACGAUACAUGAAGACGCGACGAGACUUUCUGCAUCAAGAUUCUGCUUCGUCUUUGCUGUUUGGAACUUGAUCCUUCAGAGAUGAAAACGACGAAUGCUUCAAUUAUCGGCAUUACCUUUGUCAAACCAAAUAUCUGGCCUUCCUCGCCACUAUCAAACAU